CAUGGAAAUCAAGCGCGCGAUGCAGUUAAAUCCAACUGAUAUUUGAAAUUGCGAGAAGGUUUUAUUUUUGCACCCAAAUUCCAACUUAAUAACUGUAAAACCCUAAAAAAACCAUAAAUCCAUCUUCUAAUCUCAGAUGAUUAAAUCUUGAAUCGAAAUAAUCAAAUACGAAAAUGGCGAAUUCGAUUCCAGAAUCUCACUCGAAGAGGAACGGAACUAGGUUUUACGGAUUCCACACGUUCGCCGAGCCCGGAUUCCCCGUCACAUUCGCCGGCGCGUUUCGGGACAACGUGCGGCAGUUUAUUCAGCAGUGCGCCGAGCCCGAGGGUUACGAUCUGGUGGGUAUGCCGAUUUGGUGCACUUUUCUGGUGUACGAGGAUAGAGGAACGGUGCUCCCUCUGUACACCAUUGAAGAAAACGUCAAGCAUUCCGUCAGCCCCUUCUGCGAUUACUGCCGCUGCGCUGGGUGGAGCCAUCGUUUUGUGUCGAAAAGGAAGUAUCAUUUCAUAAUACCGGCGAACGAGGAGUGGAAUAUUCCUCUCGAAGAAGGUGCUUUGGAUGUGCAAACGCAUCUCUUGCACGGUUUGAUUCACUGCAAUGGAUUAGGGCAUCUGAUCUGCAUUAACGGGAUUCAAGGCGGUUCUAAUUUCAUCCGUGGUAGAGAGAUCAUGGAUCUGUGGGACCGUAUCUGCACGGCUCUUCAUGCCAGGCAAAUUACAGUGGAAGAUUUGUCGAGAAAGAAUGCAACGGACCUUCGUUUGCUUUACGGAGUUGCUUACGGACACUCGUGGUUCGGUAAAUGGGGAUAUAGAUUCUGCCGCGGUAGCUUUGGAGUGAAAGAGCAUAAUUACGAAAGGGCAGUGGAUAUUCUCAGCUCCCUUGUUCUCGAUCAAGUAGUUGAAGAUUUCCAUGUCGCAAAUAACGGAAACAAAUACAUCAAGCAGCUGAUCCACCAUUACAGAGGUUUGAGCGACACAAAUCUCGUUACGAUUCGAGACUUACUCAGAUUUAUGCUCGCCUUAAAACCGAAAGCUCCGACUGCAAAGACGGCUUCUUGCACUAACGGUUCUGCCGCGUAUUUUCCUUCGUGGCCAAGAAAAGAAUCGGUAGCCUUUAGUAAUAAUACCCCUAUCAAAAGAUGCUCGUCGAAAUUCCCGACGAGGCUCGGAUUGAGAAAGUGCCCGCUUUCCGCAAAGGAGAAAUCGUCGGCAAAGUGCAGAAAGUUCUCGAACCUGGCUGCUAAUUUGGACAGUAGGUGGCCUGUAAGAAGACUCGAGCAAGUUGCUGAGGUCAUCGUCGAUGCCUUGCUGGAGAAGAAAGCUGGGAUGACGAGGCAGGAGGCUCGUGAUGCAGCUCGGGUUCACAUUGGAGAUACUGGGCUAAUUGAUCAUGUCUUGAAAGUGAUGGACAAUGUGGUUGUCGGUAAUUUCGUUGUUCGUCGGUCGGUGAAUCGAUCCACCAAGAUUCUGGAAUAUACCAUUCACGAUUUGGAGGGCGGAAGAGACGUUUACGAGCCCCGCUCGGAUUUCUUUAAAGAAAAGCCGUUUAAUCAGGUGAUUGCUACUGCUCCUGUUCCUGGGAGAUGCGUUUUCGUCGAUGUGAACAUUUUGUACAAGAACGUGCUUAUGGGAUAUCCGAUUCAAGAUUCCGAAUUUUCUUCGGUGAAUCUGGCAGUUCAAACGGUUCUCCACAGCAAGCAUUUUGUGAAGGAGUGGCCUUUUCGAGAUGAGGAUGACGACUCGUUUAGGUUCAUUUGUAGACUGACAAUGAGUUCGUUCGAUGAAAACGAUAGUGAUCUUUGUUGCGAUUUGCUGCAUAGAGAGUGUGUGGUGGUGCCGCUGUACGCGACACUUGGCGACCUGCGAUUGGCUGUGGAGAAUGCAAUGAGGGAUACUUAUUGUGUGAUGGAGAAUUUGAAGGUGACCGAGAUUUUGGAGAUGGAAGGGGUUCAAGAAGAUGAGGUUCUUUUCGGGGUGAUUGAAUCGGGGGGUGAGAUUCGGGUGAGGGGGGGUGGAUUGGAUUUGGAGACGGAGUUGAGGUACGAAGGUGGGAACGAGAAUUGGACGGUGAGGUGUAGGUGUGGGGCCCACGAUGAUGACGGGGAGAGAAUGGUGGCGUGCGAUAUUUGUGAGAUUUGGCAGCAUACUAGGUGUGGUGGGAUUGAGGAUUCCGAUGCUGUGCCGAGGUUGUUUGUUUGUGAUGCUUGCUGCACUGCCCUUGCUCCGGCGCAAACGAGGUGUGGGGAUGGUUUUAGUGAGGCGGCGGACGGUGGUGGUGGUGGUGCUGUUAGGCUGCCGGAUUUUGUGGCCGAGGUUGAUAUGGGGAUGAUGUAUUAAUUGUGAGUAGUGGUGGUGGUUUUUUGGGAGGUUUAUGAUGUUGAUAGCUGAGGCAGUAAUUGUUGAGUUUCUUUCUUUCUUUUUUACCAUAUAGAAGGAAAAAAUAGCAUGUGAGGAAGUAAUUGGAGAGUUGUAUAUUUUCACAGAAGUAUUAGUGUGUGAUAAAAUUUGUUCUUGUCAUCAAUAGUUUUGUUUGGCUGAGGAUGUAAAAAGUGGAAAUUAUAGGAUGUUUUACCAGAUCAUUGUUAAUAUUUCAUUUUAAUAAAUGUCAUUUAAGUAAUUCCACUC